AUGCCUGUCUCCGGAUCUUUGAGCAACGUGGACUGGGAGCCGAGCUUCUCUACGGUUGCCGUUCACGGCGGCCAGGAGCCCGACCCGGUCAACGGCUCUCGUGCGGUCCCUCUGUACCAGACCGCUGCUUACAACUUCACCGAUGCCGCCGAUGGCGCCAGCAAGUUUGCAUGGAGCAAGGACGGAUACGUCUAUACGCGCAUGGGCAACCCGACCAACAGCGUGUUCGAGAAGCGCAUGGCGAUGCUAGAGGGUGGCGUCGGUGCCGUGGCGGCGUCAUCGGGCCAUGCGGCGCAGUUCAUGGCGCUGACGCAGUGCUGCCACCCCGGGCAUAACUUUGUCAGCACCAGCUGGCUGUACGGCGGCACCUACAAUCAGUUCCGGGUGUACAUGAAGAAGUUCAAGAUCGACGUCAAGUGGGUCGUCGGCAACGAGCCGGCCGACAUCGACGCGGCCAUCGACGAGAACACGCGGUGCGUGUACAUCGAGACCAUCAGCAACCCGAAGCACAGCGUGCCGGACAUCCAAGCCAUCGCCGACGUGGCGCACAAACACGGCAUCCCUCUCAUCGUGGACAACACGUUCGGCAUGGGAGGAUACCUCUGCCAGCCCAUCCGGCAGGGGGCCGACAUCGUAACGCACUCGGCGACCAAGUGGGUCGGCGGCCACGGCACGUCCAUGGGCGGCGUUGUCGUCGACGGCGGCCACUUUGACUGGAGCGCGUCGGGCAAGUUCCCCGGCUUCACGGAGCCGGCGGACGGUUACCACGGCCUGCGUUUCUGGGACACGUACGGGUACAAGGCGCUCUCGGCCAAGGUGCGAAUGGAUAGCAUGCGCGACCUUGGCCCGUGCCUGAGUCCCUUCAACGCCUGGCUGCUUUUGCAGGGCCUCGAGACGCUGGCGCUGCGGGGCGAGAGGCACUCGGAGAACACGCAGAAGCUGGCCGAGUGGCUCGAGGCGCACCCGAGCGUCAACUGGGUGCUCUACCCGGGGCUCAAGUCGCACCCGGACUACGAGUACACCAAGAGGGUGUUUACCAACGGCGCCGGCGGCGUGCUGACGUUCGGAGUGGCUGGCAACAUUGACCAGGUGCGGGCCGUUGUCGACAACCUCAAGCUCUGUUCGCAUCUCGCCAAUGUCGGCGAUGCCAAGACGCUCAUCAUCCACCCGUGGGUGACCACGCACCAGCAGCUCCCUGACGAGGAGAAGAUCAAGGGCGGCGUGACGCCGGACCUGAUCCGCGUGUCGGUCGGAAUUGAGGCCUUCUCGGACAUCCGGAAGGAUUUCGAACAGGCGUUCGAGGCGGCGGGGCUGCCGACGGCGAACAAGGCGGGCGGGGACCCGUUCGACGCGGCGCUGAGGCUCGUCUCGGGCGGGUUCAUGGGGGAGAAGGCGACGGGGGCGCCGAGGCCGGGGACGGACGGAACGGUUUCUGUAGAGGCGUGA